AUGGUGGCUGCCGCGAGUCGAUCAGACAUGGCCGACGCGUCUUUUUCCUCACACGAUCUGCUUCCAGCGAAUGCCACCAUAGCAGGGACAGCAACAACGGCUUCCCCGUCAUCACUCGCGCUGGCGCUGGUGCCGUCUGACGUGGACACGGUCCUUGCUGACGCGAUGCUGGAUACGCAUGUGCAGGACGAGCCGCGGAGCAACGACAAGGGUGAUGAUGAAAAUCCGGAAGUUACGGGGAAGGCCGUGGUGCCACUGGCGAGGGUAGCGAGGCCGUUACGAGGCUCUCACGUGCGCAAGAAAGCUGUUGUAUUCAAACGAGGUUACCGGCUCCCCAAUCCGCUUCCAAAAGACUUUUCCCUGCCCGACCUGCCCGCAAACAUGGCUGCUGAGCUCGCGUGCGCCGCCAUUCAGCUCCACGACGAGAGCGCCGGGCAGCUGCUGCAGAAGUUGCAGCCCAAACUAAUGGGCCCUGCUAACGUGGCGGGAUUGCUAUGUGACGCUGCGGGUGCGGGUGGAGGUGGUGGGGAAAGGGCGAGGGGUGAUGAAGAGGAGGAAGAAGAGGAGGAGAAGGAGGAGAGGGAGGAGGAGGAGGAGGAGGAUUUGGGUGGUGGGAUGCGGGCAAGGGAGGAGAAUAAUGAUGGGACGUACAGAGGCGAAGGAGAAGCGGCGUUGGCUGUGAUGAAGACGCUUCGUACAUACGAGGCUCUUAGGAGGCACUACGUACGCGUUAAUGAGUUGCACCUGGCUGCCAAGGCUAAGCUUGCUGCUCUCAACCGGCGGCGAGCAGGAAGCGGGAAAGGAGGGAAAGGGCGAGGAGGGAAAGGGAGAGGGCGAGGGGUUGAGGUAGGGAGAGGGAAGAAAGUGGGAGGGAAGUGGAGGGUUGCAGCAAGAGCAGGCGUUGGCAGCGGGAAGAGGGGCGAGAAGCAAGGGAACGACGAAGAGGAGGAACCGGAAGAAGAGAAUGUUGAGAGGGUUGCAGAGCUGUUGGAAGAGGUGAUGGAGAAGAAUCUCUACAACAAGCGGCCGGAUCUAUCCGCAGGAAAAACCAUGCGGAUCCAAGGACUGGUUAUCAACAACGAAAAGGCACGCGUCAUAGGCCAUGUUCCGGGCGUUCCGGUAGGGUUUCAGUUCUUUAGUAGGCAGGAGAUGGCGGUAGUGGGAGUUAAUCUCCAGGCGCAGGGGGGUAUAGACUAUUCUCCCUCCGGAGCGAACCAGUGGGGAGUGGAGGUCGCGUCUUGUGUGGUGCUAUCCGGUGGGUAUGAGGAUGAUGAGGAUAACGGGCAGUGGUUUGAUUACACUGGGCAGGGCGGAAAUAAUUACCGCGGGGAUCGGACGCAGCUGAAGGACCAGCAGCUGGAGCGGGGGAAUCUCGCGCUGGCCAACAGCGAAAAGUUGAAGCUGCCCGUGCGGGUAGUUCGCGGGGUGAAAGAACCGGCGAGCUACACCAAAAUGGUCUACACUUACGACGGCUUAUACCGAGUCGUGCGCAGCGAGCAUAUCCCAGGGGAUUCCGGCCACAUGAUCUUCAAAUUCCGGAUGGAGAGAGAGGAAGGACAGCCGGCGCUGCAAACCCCGACAGUGGAGUUCGUCAGAGCGUCGCUGAAAACUGGGACCAAGUCGAAAGACAGGAGGGGGGUGGUGGCAGAGGAUAUAUCCCAGGGGAAGGAGAGCCGGCCGGUGUGUGCGGUGAAUACGGUGGAUAAGGAGCCUGUGCCUCCUCCUGCGUUUCAGUACAUCAGAAGCAUGAACCAUGCGGAGGCUCUGAGGAAACUGGCGAGGAGAGAGGCAGCCCAGGCUGCUGCUGCUGGUGCUGGUGCUGGUGCUGGUGCUGGUGGUGGUGCUGCUGCUGCAGCAGCAAUUGAUCUACAGCCAGCGGUGCUGGGCUGUUCUUGCACGGAUGGGUGUGUGGACGCUACUGCAUGUGAGUGCGCUCAGCUGAACGGAGGCAUGCUGCCUUUCACACGCGAAGGCGGCCUGAUAGAAGCCCAGCAGAUUGUCUACGAGUGUGGGCCCCAGUGCGCGUGCUCCUGCAAGGCCGGUUUCGGGAACGCUAGCAGCAGCGGCGGCGGCGGCGGCAGUGCGUGUAUCAACAGGGUGAGCCAGAAAGGAGUGCAGGUGCGUUUGGAGGUGUUCAAAACGGAGAACAAGGGGUGGGGGUUGCGGUCGUGGGACGCGAUCCCUGCAGGGCACUUUGUGUGUGAGUAUACGGGGGAUCUUAUGAGGGAUGAUGAUGCAGAGACGCUGAGAGGGAACGAUGAGUACUUGUUCGAUUUGGAUCUCGCUCGGGGUAUUCAGGAGCGGUGGGGGGAUGUGUCGGGUAUCCUUGGUGGUAGCCGUGACGGUGGUGGGGUUGGUGGGGGUGGUGGGGCGAGUGCUGCUGCUGCUGGUGGUGGUGGUGGUGUUGCUGGCGGUUUGGAUGAGGAAGAGGAGGAGGAAGGGGAGGAGGGGUUGGAGGGUGGAGUGCGGAGGGAGAGCACGAGGGAGAGGAAGGCGCGAAUUGGAGAGGACAGGAGGGAGGAGAGAGAGGAAGGCAGGGAGGCGAACAGGGACAGGAGAGGGCGUUCAGGAGGUGGUCGUGGUGGUGAUGAUGAUGGUGGUGGUGGUGGUGGUGGAUAUGGUGGGGGUGGUGAAGGGGACUAUGGAAAGCGAGCUCGUGGGCAUGAUUCAAGCAGGCACCACAGGGGCUCUGGCGCGUCACACGAGACUCAUGAGUCAACAAGGCACCACAGGGGUUCCGACGAGCCUCACGGGUCAACGAGGCACCACAGAGGUUCAGAGUUGCCGCACGAGUCAACCAGGCAGCACGGGAGGCACGGGGGCAGUGAGAGCGGUGAACGGUCACGUGACACAAGAGCACCAGCAGCAGCAGCAGCAGCAGCAGCAGCAGCAUCGCCACCACCAGCAACACCAGCAGCUGCAGCAGCAGCGCCAGUGCCAGCAGCAGAAGCACCACACGAGGACCUCCAUUUCUGUCUGGACGCCAAGCGCAUGGGCAACGUGGCACGCUUUAUCAACCACAGCUGCAACCCGAACCUGUUCGUGCAGUGCGUGUUCUUCGACCACCACGACCACCGCCUGCCACACAUCAUGCUCUUUGCGUAUGAUAACAUCCCGCCGUUGAAGGAGCUUACCUACGACUAUGGGUACCAGGUGGAUAGUGUGAUGGACGGGAACGGGAACGUGAAGAAGCUUAUGUGUUACUGUGGGGCGGCCACUUGCAGGAAAAGGCUGUAUUAA